GAGGCCAAAAAGUUGAUUUCAUGCGAGGCGCCCUAUUCAGAUGCACAAACUCAACCGCUCAGCGUUCUGGCUGCUCAUUGCCAGCGCCUCUACACGGAGACGGUCUGUGGGAGUCCCUUUGGUGGCGUGCAUUGUGGGCCUCAAACCGAAGAAUUGUUGCGUUGCCAACAGACCACUUGCACUAGCCCCGUCGUUUGCAGCACAACCGGCAUCGUCCUGCCCUCCGGGCUCCCAAAUCCAGAAGCCGAACGAACAAAACAGGCCUCCGCAGGUACAGUGGCAUUGUGCUCGUCCAGCCUCAGCUCAGCCUGCCCACCACAAUCGGCUCUGAAACUACUUGCCUCAUCUUCCCCAUCUCCAACAAUGCCGAUUGCUGAAAUGUCCACUUUAAACACCAUCUUCGGCCUGCCCAGCGUCACCUCCAGCGAGCCUAUUGCCCCCGUCAGCCCAACAAUCAGCACAACAGCAACCACUGCCACUGUCUCAUCGCAUCGUCUUCUUGUCUCCGCCGACACAGCCGCCAGAGCUGCUGUUGUAGCGUUCGCCUCGAUCGCCGGACUCACUCAAGCAACCGAUGAACGAGGCAGCAACUAUGCCUCAAGCCUCUAUCCUGUGUCCAUUAAGGCCGUCUCAUCACCCGGUCCUGUAUGUCACACCAAUUCAGGGCCAUCCCUCUCCUCGUCCUCCAGCUCGUCUUCCCCAUCCUCGUCUGGGUCGAUUGGAUCGCUGCCCUCCACCGCCUCGUCUUCGGUUUCCAAUGCAACCCCCGUCUCCACCAGUACCGCCUCGGAAAGGCAGUCCGACCUUUUGAUGCCUUCUGUUUCAUCGUCGAAACGUGUCUUCUCCACAACCGACCCAAGGCUCCCGGGGCAAUCCAUAGACCCUGAGGCCUAUACAGAAAUCGCACCUUCGAACCAGCCCAGAGACAAUUUGACUGUCUAUCCACUGAGCAUGUAUACGGACACAGGACAUGGCUAUCAAUAUCCGAUGGUAUUCUCGCCCCAGCAACCCUAUUCUGGCCAUCAAGGGCCCAUGUCUGAGGUGCCACAGUCACAGCCUACAUCGACCAGUACCAGCCUUAACCAGCAUCACCACGCCUCUUUUCACUACUCUCAGCCGCUCCAGGCCCAACAACAAGAGAAUAAGGAUGAUAAUCUUUCACAGGCUGACAAUUCCUUCAUACCGUCACCAAACACGCCAGAAUCUCAGCAACAAAUGGCCUGGUCGCUUAGACAUGGUGUAUACGCCGAAGAGAUCAGUUUCCCCGGCUAUUCUGGCCAGAGU